AGCAUUCUUUAACUAACCUGUGUGUACCUAAAAUUAUAUUACAACGUGUUACUUUGCCCAAUGUGCACAAAAAACAAAACUUGCUUCAAAUCCAGAAUCAAGAAGCAUGUCUUGAUAGUAAUACUAUGGAAGACAGUAGUGAAAAUGUUUGCGAUGAGGAUCCAUCUUAUGAAUCAUCAAAUAAUUCAUCAAAUAACAAUUUUGUUGAACCUGUGAUAGAUCAGACAACAAGUUCUGUUGCUAAACAAACUAAUAGCUCAGCAAAUAUUUCUAGUCUAUUAUCAAUAUUGAAUACAUCAGACAUAGUAACGUCAUUAAAUAUAUCUGACAUAUCAACGUCAGUAAAUAUAUCAGACAUAGAUAUCCAGGAUGAAGUAAGAAAUCUCGAUGAAGAUAAAUGUUCAUGUAACUGGCAUGGCAAUGUAUUGGAAGUAUAUAAAGAUUGCGACUUAUUUGAACCCACCAUUGUAGAAGAUAAAAUUUCUAAACAUUCUGAAAUAAGUGCACCUGUUUCCACUACAGCAUACCUCAAUAAUAAUAAUAUUAUACAAGACAUUUCAAAAAAUAUUUAUGAUAAGAAUCCACCUUAUGUAUCAAACACAGAAGAAAAUUUUAUUCAAUCUGUAGAUGAGACAACAAAGUAUGUUACUAAAGAAUAUAACAUGUCAUCUACAUCAUUAAACAUAUCAGAUAUAGGCAUUCAGGAUGACGAUGGAAAUCUCAAUGAAGCGUGUCUUGAUAAUAAUACUAUGGAAACAACAUUGAAAAUGUUAGCGAUGAGGAUCCAUCUUACGUACCAUCAAACACUUCGUCUAAUGAAAGUUUCGUUCAACCUGUGA